CGACGUUGACGACGUGCCUCGUCCAUGGGCCGUUGCCCCGGGCGCCGCACGCGGCGGUCCGCGACGGACUCUCACGCCACGCCGACCAACGGGAGCGUCCGUGUCGGGAAGGGUGGCGCACAUCCACGCGCCCUCCUCUUCUGCAGCUCACGCCCAAGUGCAACAGCCCCUUUCGCCAUACAACGACGCAACCGCGCCGCUGGAGAGACAAACUGGGUUAUAGCAUCCUUCCCCGCGCCCAGCACCGCAGCAUCCGUAGCACAGCAGUCGGCCACUAGUAAUAGCGGCAGCGGCAACAAAGAACGCAGCAGGACUGUUCGCGGCGGGGGAUUCGUUCGUUGUCCGUCCGUCUGUGUCGUCGUCGACAGCCAGAGACCACGUGCUCCGCAAAGCGCGAAGACAAACCGUGCGAAUCGGUCGCAAAACGCCGCGGGGAAGAGCUUGGGGCGUCGACGUCAUCGACAUCACGGUGGUGACCGCGGAUGCCGGCCACGCCUGACAGUGUAUAGACGCCGAUACGUUCAAUAAACCCGGCAAACCGGGGCCCGGUCGGACACAGUCUCGUCCUUACGUCGACUGAGUGCGCAGUCUGGUCUCCACUGCUGUCCAUUGACGUACCUGCAGUUUGGAAGGUCGAGCAGAAGCGGUGGUUGAAGACUAUCUACGGGAGAACGUGAGAACACCCCUGUGUUUCCAUGGCUGUGUAGACUAGGUUUACAGAGUGGCCCGAUUCAGUGACCAUAGCGUGUUUAGUCGGAGAUCAAUCAAACUACUGCUGGUACGUGUGUGUUGGUGCGCUUUCCGCCGAAAGUUAUUCGUGAAGGGGACACGACGCGGACUUGAUGAAGUAGGAGCUUGCGUUCGUAGAGAAGCACAAGCGACUUCGGGGGCGGCGAAAGAUCAUCGCGAGGAGGACGCCGGUUCGACCGUCAGCGGGAAGCCGCUUGUCCUAACGGAAGACGCGCAAGCGCACCAGCCUGCGGAUCUGAGACCACCAGUCGCGUCAUGGCGCCGCGGGCGGCGACCAUCUCGAACUCGUCCCUGGCAAUCCGCAAGACCACGGCGCUAGCGCCGACGCUGCGGCCCGCCUUCUACGUGCUACCCCUGCUGGUGCUGACCUGCAUCCAGCUGGCCGACGCGCAGCAGGGCCUGCCGUUCGGCACGCGCAAGCUGGCCUUCUCGGCGAACCAGUUCGGGCUGGACCUGUACCGGGCGCUGCGAGACGCCGGGGCCGAGUCGCGCCAGCCACAGGCCGAGGGCAACGUGGCCCUGUGCCCAUUCUGCGUGAGCUCGUCGCUGGGCAUGCUGCUGCUGGGGGCCCGGGGUUCGUCGGCCAUGGCGCUUCGCCACGUGCUCUACCUGUGGGGGAUGCAGCACGUGCACCUCGCAGUGCGCGACCUGUCCGCGCACCUGGCGCUCAACCUGAGGGACGCCAACCUGCUCAUAUUCAGGAGCCUGUACGUGCAGCGGGACUUCGGCGUCAAGUACCCGUUCCAGCGGUCGCUGUACCACUUCUACAACGCGUCCGUCCACUCGCUGGACUUCGCGGCCAACGCCGAGGAGGCGCGCCAGCACAUCAACGCCGUGGUCGAGAAGGCGAGCCACGCGCAGCUGGCCAACCUGCUGCCGGACACGCCGCCGCCGUGGACGCAGCUGCUGCUCCUGUCCGGCCUGCACCUGGACUCGCACAUCGAGCUCGACCUGGUGCCCGCCGAAGGGGUCCGAUGGAAGGCCCAGCCGCUGCUCGAGGCGGCACCCCCGACGCUCCUGCAGCUCGGAAGACGGGUCGGCGCUGGCGCCGAACCUGCUUCUUUGGAAGACACGACCGCGGCGGCCGCCGAAACGAUCGAGUCGCUGGGCGGCAAUCCAGCGAUGCUGGAGGCCCGCUGGACCCGGGUCCGGUACGCGCGCCACGACUACCUCAACUGCAGCGCGGUCGAGGUGCCGCUGGCCGGCGGCGGGCUGGUCUCCCUGCUGACGCUCACGCCCAACGAGCACGACGACAUGGGUCUUCUGGAGACGCGCCUCAGCGCCCAGAGGAUCAGCGACAUCCUCGCCAACAUGCAAGUGCGGAGAGCCAACCUCAAGUUGCCCCGCAUCAAGAUCGAGCACAGCCACGAGAAUCUGACCCAGUCGCUGGCACGCAUGGGCCUCGCCUCGCUGUUUGGCCCCGGCAGGGCGCAGCUGUUCGACAUGAGCGAUGUGCCCUGGCUGCACGUGACCAACGUGGUGCACAAAACGUCUUUGGACAUCAAGGGGCCUCGUGCAACCGUUGCCGGUGGUGGUGGGCAGGCAGCGCCACCGCCGCCAAAUCCGACCAACCGGCGCCGCGAGCCGGCGUUCGUCGGCCCCUCCGAAGAGACCAUCGACAUCGUGCUCGACAGGCCGUUCCUUUACUUCGUCGUGGACAACGUCAGCGGACUGGUCAUAGCCAUGGGAAAAGUGCUCAACCCGUAAACAGUUUGCCCAUAUGUGCUUUCGUAGCAUACCGUCUGUGCAAAUAUUUGUCCUAAAGGACCAUCAUCCAAAUAGCCUAGAGACAAAAAGACACCAGUAAUAAUCGACGGACCCGCCUAGCUAUAAUGUUCGUAAACAAAUCUACCUAGAGAUCGAGCUGCGUCUAUGCGGGCGGUCAAACUAUGCGCUCCAUCAUUUGACGAAGUAACAACAGCUGUACAUGGGAUCUUCCCAUACAACAGAGAAGUACGGUCAUAGAGCACCUAUGUAUGACGUCGGAGAACUUGACGGACGAGCGUCGCGCGAGCGGUCACGUGACCUGUCUUGGUCGACCACUUUCGGGCAUAUGGGUUAGUGCCGGAUUUUCGCCCUAUUAGCGGAAUGCCGAUAAGACAGCGGGCAGCUCAAGCGGCUGUCGAAUGCCACGUCACGCAAAACUAUGCCCGAAAGUGUAUAGAAUACGGCCUCGACUGGUCACACCGUUCCCGAGGCGGCCUGCAAAACAGACGGACACACCAGGUGGGAAGCGUCACUGUACGGUCCCCAUGGCAUUUUUUUCAGCACAAGGAAUCACGCCGCCUGCGACAGUUGCCGCUCACCGCGAAUGUUGCCGUGGCGAAAAGGACGAGCUGCGAUGAGAAUUUACAGCUCAGCCAUGCAAAAACGGUUACCUAUCGCACGCGAUGCCUAAACUAAGGAAGUCCGGCCGUGACGUCACCGACACGACUUGCAUUGACUAGCAGGAGCGAAGUGAAAUAAAUUCAAUGCACAUCUUUUUUUUGUUCCAGCAAGUACAUGCUGGCACACACUAGAAAACGCGCCCAGCAACAGUAAUGAAAAAACAUCGCUUAACCGACGCACGAUUUGCGUUCAAAAACCACGCCAUGCGUGUUGCCUUUGCACUUCAUCAGCGGGUGCUGCUGUAAGGUGGGCAAGCCAAGUGCAAUUUGAUUCAGGUUAGGGUUCAGAAGAGGCUUGCGUUCCGCUUGAGUACGCAAACCUCUCAAGUCUUGCGCUAUACUUGUCAGCUGCACGUAACACAGUUCUUUAGAAAGAGCCUGGCUUGCCUAGUUAAAAGCGCCACAAUCGAACGCGCUUAGCACUAGAACAUUGUGCACAGUGCAUCACACAGACAGGUGGGCAUGACAUCCACUGUACGUCAGAAAUGCUACCGAGACAAACCAGCUUGCAACCGCACGCCAUCAUUCAAGACAUCAUACCAUCAUUGUACAUGUCAAUAAAACGUGAAACUCAUUGCAAAAGCUGCCCCAUUCUGCAAGUUCAUUUGGCAAAAUCAAUGACCACACAAUCUGCUCUCCAAUCAUGG